AUCUAUAGCAUAUCAACAUCCUCAUCUAUUACACAGACACCUACAAACAACCUCAGCUCUAGCAAGACAUUCCUGACUUUUACGUCAACCAACAAACAAACCAACAAAUCAGCCAACAUGAAGACCUUCUUCCUGACCUCUUCUCUCCUUCUUAUUGCCUCCCAUCUGGUGGCAUCUUCCCCCGUUGCUAACAGCAACCCCCCGCCGGCUCCCAUCUGCGGCACCUGCAACCCUCUCUCGGGCCAGAACAGCUGCGACCCGACGACGUCGUGUAUCAACACAGGCAAAAACUUCCACUGUGCCUGCCGCGCGGGCUACAAGGCCUCCGAGGACAACGACAACGUCAGCCAGCAGUUCCGUCUGCAGGUGCCCAACUACGAGUUCCUCGUCUUCACGCCUGAAAACACUGUCUGCGACACGCUCUGUGACCAUCCGUACGAUGGCACUGCUACGCUGUGCACCGAGGUCCCGAUCUAUUCCGAUUGCGUGGCCUGA